AUGAUGAGCACCGCUGAAUUAGUUACGAAACAAGGUGAAUCUCCUGACCAACGAACAUCAACUUUGAUAAAUCAAGAAUUAAAUAAACGAUGUCAAGGAAAAUCAAUUGGUCAGUUGACACCUAUCGAUAUAGCUAAGUUUACAGGAUAUACCCAAAAAUAUACGCAAAAUGAUCAUAUAUCGUUAAAUUCAGUAUACUACGAGUUUCAAAAUAAAAUAAACACUAUCACUAAUGCUGAUAGUUCACAAAUAUUAAAAGUACCACCUGAUCUACUAUUAGAAAUUGCAGCUAUCUAUCUCGCACUACAAGAUGCUCCAUCAACUGUACCCGAGAAGAAACAACCAUCGAUACCUUUGACUCAACAACCGCCAUACGGCCAGCUACUUCCUCAGCAACCUGAUAACCAAUAUCCACCAAGUCUGGAUCAAUACAAUAAUAGAAUGUAUCCAAAUAUGCAUCAUGGUCAUCAUCAACAUCAUCCACCAAACUAUAGCGCCGACACGCACCAGAAUCCUCCACCUCCUUAUUAG